AUGGUUUUUGUUGAUAAAGAAUUGUUCAAAGUGUACGGUGCUAAUGGUGACUACCAUACAACCAGACCUCUGUACAAAAUUGGCUUCUUUCCAACAACUUUUGUUGCUAAAACUGAUGAGUUCCCAAGUGAUGUCCUCGAAAAGUAUUUUGCGGACUAUGAUGAUAUUUUUGGUGGAAAACUUGAUAACAGCUGUUUGGUUGAUGUUAUUGACCAAAUAGUUAACUUCGGGUCUCUGGAAAACAAAACGAUAAAAGGAAAAGAUAACAUAUGGCUCUUGAUUGAGUUGCGUGACCAAAAUAAUGUGAAGAUGAUGUUUACUCUGUUGGGUCGUUAUGCUAAACAAGUAUACGAUUACAGUAUGAGUAACAUGUCCACAAUGAUUAUUUGUGUUAUCAGGUUCUGUUCUCUUAAAGAGUGGAAAGGUGCUUUCUCCAUAUCUAGCAGUUAUAAUUCAACACAUAUUUUUCUCAACCCAACACUCGAUUUGAUUGACCUUCAAAGCAAGGUACUCCUCCAUCUCCCAAAUGAUUAUCUUGCUCUUACAAACAACAACAGCACCCAAUGGUCUGAUGGUACUGCUACAUAUGUUCGUGCCAGGUUGAGACUUUUGUUACUCAAUUAUUGCCCCAUGUGA